GACUCUGAUUAAGAGUCUGCUCAUUCACCAAUCUAAUAUGACCAAUAUAAUCUCCGUAUAAAAACAGAACUUGCGUAUAAAAACAGAAGUUAAUCAUCUACGUACUAAACAAUCGAGAGAUGUCUAAUCAACAUAAACAGAUAAGACUGAGAGAUCUUACCAUACAGAUCCCCUCUAAGGUCGCAGGCCGCUUCGAACUGUUCAUAGCCAUGGAAACGGAAUCGAUCUUCAGGAAACCGAAUUGAACUGUAUUUGAGAACAGAGAGGACAGAGUUCGAUGAGAAAGCAAUGGUCAGGUCUGGAUCAGCAACCCGGUACACCUUCUUGGUCUUGGAACCAAAGAAGUUGUUGAGUCUGUAAGUGGAACCGGGAAUCAUGUGUCGCAGAUAAGUGUCCAUCCUCGAUGGUGGGAUGAAUCCCUGAAUCACAGUACCCUGUUCAAAACGACCAAGAAACGUUUGUUAUUAAUCUAUCGGACAACAGAAAACAAAAACAAAAAGGAAAAGUUUUCAUAACAAACCUCUUCGUCGAUCAGAAGAAUCGCUAAACCAAUAAGGAUCUUCGAGAGUGCGUUCCUGGCCUCCCAAAAAUGGAUGAGACGAAACCUUAACUCGUCUGCUUGUGGUCCAAACGUCACAUUUUUGAAGAACACGACGCCAUCGCUUUUGUCGGAGGGGACAUCGGAGCAGACAACGGCCUUGCCGUUACGUUUCUUCGAAGAGGAAUCACCGGAGACGCCGGAUUGGCCAAUAGGUUUCAUCGGUGCGGCGGAGGGUUUCAUCGGUGCGGCGGUGGGUUUCAUCGAUACGGCGGCGGAGACAACGUCCUUUCUGGUAGGUUUCUUGGAGAGAAGAUCGCCGGAAAAGGAGUUUUUACUGUUGAAAUUCAUCGGUUGAGAGGAUAGUAUCGUGUGUAAUCAAACUGGGGGAAUGAUCGGUGUUAUAAAAGAAAUCAGAGAGAGGGAUGCGAAAGGAACCCAUUAAUGGAGGUUAAUGGGGGGUUUGAUGGAGGGUUGAUUGAACAGACGUGAACCGAUAAACGGAAGGAAGUGGAAAGGACGAAAGGGAUGAGAUCGUAGGGAUGAGAUCGUUGUCUGCGCAAGAGAGAAGGAAGUUAGGGUUCGUCGAGACGUCUCGAUGUGGUGCUCUCCGUUUUGUCUAAUUUUGUCUAAGCUAAUGGGCUUACAGGCCAACUCCAUAACGAAAAAAAAAACAUAUUGAAGCCCAAUUAAACUGACGUGGAAGAAACACGCAAUGCGAUUGGUUAAUUAUUAUUGCCGACGUGGAGGGUCUCUCUGAUCAGCUUAUUUGCAUUUUACUUAUUGUAUGAUUCUGUUAAUUUUUAAUUUUGAAUCCUAACUAACCAUAAUUAUUCGUUAUAAUUAGUAGCUAGGCAUUUUUCAAUGCUAUAGUCAAUAUAGAGGAUACAUGAGAAAUCAAUUCAAAUAACAAACAUAUAUGUACAAAAUAAUUAUAUAAUAUGUUAUGUGAAAAUCGAUGCAUAUAAUUGUAUCUAAUAUACAAAAAAUAAUAUCUUAUAUCACUAUAAUUAUAGUUACGAUAUAUGAAAAAGAUGUGAUAUACGUUCGAUAGUGGUUUUACUUUAUUUGCUUGAAACUUAUUCUUGUAAAAGUUAAUAUUUGGUCCACAUGAUUUGUACGUACACAUGAAUUAAUGUGUUUCGUCCCAAAAAUGCAUUAGUACGAUUUUAAUGUAAUGUUAAUAAAUGAUAAAUUUUAGACUAAAGUUUUUGUAAAGUGUUUUUAAGAGUGCCACAAAUAAGUUAGGGAAUGACAUAUAAACAUCAUUUUGUAAUUAAUACAAAACUGAAGAUAUAAUUUUUUUUUUCUGUCAUCAACUUUACGGUUAAUAUAUAACAAUAUAUAAGGGAUCACAAUACUAAAAGACACAUAUACUGAAUUUCUAGGCUGCCACGUCAUCAAAAAUAAUCAGCCAAUCACAACAUUUCGUUUGGCCACGUCAGAUGGGCUUGAGUCUAUUGUGUUACGUUUGGUCCUCAGGUGCUUAAGUUUUUUUGGUUGGGCUUCGUCUGCUUUAGGCUUGGGCCUCAGUUUAUUGUUUUUUCUCGGCAAACCUAACAAAACGCAAAAUAACCUAAAGAACACGGAGGUCUCGAUAAAACCUAAGGCAGGCGGAGGUCUCGAGGAUCUACGCCUCUGCCUCUUCGUCUUCUCCGAUUCAAACCGUAGAGACUGAGCUCUGAUCGAUCAACUUCUACACAAACGAAACUCCUCUUUUAUUUCAUCAAUCAAUUUUGUCUUUAUGUUUUCGUUUCAUCUCCUUAUGUUCCUCCUUCUUUAUAUACUGAUUCUCUUUUCUCUGUACAAACACAAACCCUACCAACUUCUCAAAUCUCAACCAUGGCGACAAAACCGAAUGGGAAGUCUCCCGUCUCAUCCGCCUCUGAUGAAAAAGUCAUGUUCUUCCGAGAUGUCUCACUGGGUCCCCACGAAACUCAGCUGCGGUUCCGUCUGAUCCACUUCUGAGAGGCUUGGAAUCCAAUUAAGAAGACGCUUAUCGGCCUUGAGAUGCUCCUCAUCGACGAACAGGUUAUGUGAUUUUGUGAUCUUAACAACGUAAAUGUAGAAAUAAUUUACGGUUUAUAAUUAUGCCUUUGUGUGAAACGAAAAUCUCGAUUAGAUGUUUUUGUAUAACCCCAUUCAUAGAUCAUCACGAAAUUUUCUAAUUUUUUUACGGUUUAUUAUUAUGGGCUACCAUUUUUACCAAAAUUGUAGGCUAAGAUGUUUUAAUAUAAACCCCAUUAAAAGAUCAUAACGAAAUUUACAAUUUGUGCUCAGUUUAUAAUUAUGCCUUUGUGAUAACAUGAAAUUCUAGGACACAACUAAGUUCAUUACUCAACUAAAAUAUUCAGAAACAUUUUGUUCUGUUAUUUAUUUCGUUUUCGUCUUAUGUUUUUCUUCACAGGGAACUGUGAUUCAAGGAUUUAUUUCGCCAGGGUGUAUUGAAAAAUAUUUGAGUAGAAUGAAGCGAGGAACAGUUAACAAGCUCGACAACUUCUAUGGAUCGGGCAACAAGUCGGUUUAUCGGGUUUCUGAGCAUGCCGUUACCGUGUCGUUAUCAUGGAACUCUGAACUGUCGGUUCUUGAGGACAUCACCACUCCUUUUUAUGAAGACAGAUUCCGGUUUCAUUCAUACGAGGUUUUUGAAGCAAACUGUGACCUCAAAGGAGACCUCUACGUUGGUAAAUGGACAUACUCUCACUGAGCGUCCCGUCCUUGACGAAGUGCAAAUAGCAGCUGCGAGGCAUCUUCUGGUUCAUCUGCAAUUACAUGAUGGACCUGUGAUUAAGCUUUACCUUUGGGACCAGGUCGCAACAGAGUUCUGCAGAAAAUUCAAGUCCUGCGAAACCACUCCCACCGUGUUGCUGGUGACGACCGUUAACACAAAGCGUCUAGGAGGUACUCUAGCCCUCACCUCAAUGUCCUCCUCACGUGUUUUUAUAGAUUUUGAUGUCCAGCCUACCAUUGAAUACUUCGCCUGGUUGGGAUCUAAUCCAGAGAUUGCUGGGAAGGUUAAUGCGGAUGUGGUCACUAAACGUGAGCAACUGACAAUAGGAGAAAUUUUCACCUACAUCAAGCAGGAAUCUGCCAAGGAGACUUUCUUUGAGUGCACGGCUACAAUUGAUGAUGUCUACCAUGGCUCUGCUUGGUAUUAUAUUGUGUGCAGUGGAUGCAACACUAAGGCUACCAAAGGAACAACUUCUCUGAUGUGUGCAAAAUGUGGAAAGGUUAACAUAGCUGGUGUUGCACAGUACUGUGCAAGGUUAUAUGUUUAUGACAACAGUGACCAAGCUGUUUUUGUACUACUUGGUGACGUUGGGCGUGCGCUAACUUGAAGGCAUGCAUCGGAAUUAGUUAGCAGCUACUUUGAGGCUAAUGCUGACAUAGGAGUUGACCAAGAGGUGCCUGUCCCGGAAGCUCUAAUCAACACCAUCGGACAAAGACACAAGUUUUCUGUGAAGGUGACAGAGCACAACUUAUCAGGCAAGACCCGAGCUCUAACUGUGACCAAGAUCCUCCCUCUAGACACUCCAACUGAAACAGAGACCUUGGCAGGACACAGCAUUGCUGCAACGCCCAAUGAAACGUUCCAGACUGGAAAUGAUGUGUGUGAAGCUUCCAAAAGCCGUGUAGGUUCUGCAGAUGCGGGGAGUAAGAGGUCGUGUGACAACGCAAAGGUGGAGGAAGCUAAACGCCCAAAGUCUGGAAACUAGGAUUUUCAUUCUUCUUCUCAGAGGUUGCAAGUUCCAUUGCACUCAGUCUUUGUUCUCAGUUUAGAUAUCCACUCAUGCUUUCCUUUUACCUUUGAAUUUUCCAGAGUUUUUUUUCACUUUGCAAGCAUUUUGUCUCAUUUGCAUGAUUAUUGAUAAUAAUCAGUGUUGCUCUAUUUGGUUAUGAAUUAUAUUAUCUUAUCUCAUUUGAUC